UUGAAAUAGAAAAAUCAAAAAAAAAUUUUUUGAUUGGUUGGUUGGUUUUUGUUUGCGGGGUCCACACCACACUGAGUGGAAGAUCUAAGUUCUCCAACCAAAAAUCUAACCCACGUCCCUUGCCUUGGAAGCUUACAGUCUUAACCAUUAUUUGGGGGAGUAAGAAGUACCUAAUGGGGUAUUGGAGAUUUAAUUCUGGAAAUUCAGGAAGAAUGAAGAUUUGGAAAUCAAUAGAAUACUGGGAAGGGCUAAACACUUCUCAGGUUGAAAAGAUUUCAGGUCUGAGCCCUGCUGUGAAUCUAUAUUUAAAUAUAGGUCAGGUAUUGUGGUAUUAAACAAUGAAGAAAGAAUGAUCUAAGAAGAAAAACUAGGAAGCCAAAGGAAAAAGAGGGUUUCAAUAGGAGAGGGUGGAUAAGUGUCAGGCAAUUUAAAUAUUAUGAGCUUAAAAGUUAGAACUGCUUUUAGAAAGCUCAAGUAUUAAUAAAAAGAAGACAGACUUCUGAUUGUUUAAGAAAUAAUUAAGGAGAAAGAAUUAACAUAGUCCAUCCUUCUAAGAAUUUUGGUAUUGAAAAAAAACAGACAGAAGAGGGUUUUGUCUGAGAUCCUUGGGUUGACAUGGAAGUGAUGCCCUCUGUUUUCUAGUGCACCUGAGUUCCUGCCACCCCUGUGCCCACCCAGUUACUGAGCCUGUAAAGACUUCUGCCUCUGUGGUGCUAAACAGCAUUGUUCACUGCUGCAGCUUCUUUUUUUAACAGCUUUAUUGAGACAUAAUGGAUAUCUGUUUCAUCAUUUACAGUAUACUAUUCAGUUGCUUCCUUGGUGGCUCAGAUGGUAAAGAAUCUGCCUGGGUCCAGUCCCUGGAUUGGGAAGAUCCCCUGGAGGAGGGCAUGGCAACACACCAGCAUAAUCUGAUUUUAGAACAUUUGCAUCAUCCCCCCCAAAAAUCACGUACCUGAUAACAAUCACUCGCCAUUUUCCCUUUCCCCAAGUCCCUGGAAGCCACUCCAGUAAUCUACUUUUCAUCUCCAUAGAUUCGCCUAGUCUGGGCGUUUCAUAUGAAAAGGGCUUCCCUGGUGAAAUGAAGUCAAACAAUACAUGGCCUUUAGUGCUUGGCAUCUUCCACUUAGCAUGUUUUCAAGGUUCAUCCACAUUGUAGCAUGUUUCACUACUUCAUUACUUUUUAUUACCAAAUAAUAUUACAUUUUAUGAAUAUACCACAUUUAAUUUAAUCUAUUCAUCGUUAAUGGAUAUUGGGUUGUUCCUACUUUUUGGCUAUUAUAAAUAAUGCUGCUAUGAACAUUCAUAUAUAAGCUUAUGUGUGAAGAUAGAUACGUUUUCAUUCCUUUAGGGUAUAUAUCUAGGAGUAGACUUUCUGGGUCCUAUGGUAAUUCUGUGUUUAAUGUUUUGAGGAACUGCCACACUGGUUUUCAAAGUGAUUGAACUAUCUAUUGUACAGUCUUCCCAGCAGCAUAUGAGGGUUCUAAUUUCUCCACAUCAUCAACAUUUAUUAUUGUCUGUCUUUUUUAUUUAUCCUUUCUAAUAGGGAGAAGUGGUAUCUCAUUUUACUUUUGAUUUGCACUUCCCUAAUAACUGAUGAUAUUCGGUAUCUUUUCUUAUGCUAAUUGAGUAUUUGUCUCCUUUAGAGAAAUGUCUGCUCAGAUCCCUUGCCCAUUUUUAAAUUGGGUUAUAUAUCUUUUGUUGAGUUAUAAAAGUACUUUAUGUAUUCUGGAUAGAAGUCCCUUAUCAGAUAUAUGAUUUGCAAAUGUUUUCUUCCAUUCUUUGAGUUGUCUCCUCCCCUUUUUUUUCUUUUCACUAUCUUGAUUGUGUUCUUUAAAGCACAAAAAUUUUAAACUUUUAUGAAGUCCAACUUAACUGUUUUUUCUUUUGUCACUUGUACUUGUGGUAUCAUGUCUAAGAAUGCAUUAUGUAAUUCAAGAUUAUGAAGGGUUAUUCCUUUUUUGCUAAGCUUUCUUUUAAUAUACCUCCCCCACCCCCAACUUAUGAACAGCAAGGGUCUUCUCUGUCAGCCUUUUGAGUCAGAUCUGCCCACCACUUACUUUCCUUUACACUCUCACUUUUUUUGGACUACUCUAAUUCAACAAGACUUUGACUCACCACCUUCUACCAUCUAAACACUGCUAGUAUUUUGGGAAACACAAAAUAAAAAAUGAUACUAUCUUAAGCUCUGGAUAUUGGGAAUACAAAGAUGAGUAUAACUUGGACUUUGCUAUCUAAAAGAGCCAUUAAAGCGGAUAUGCAAAAAAAGAGCAUAAUCAUGUCAAGUAACAAGUGAUUUACUUAAUCAAAACCUUUCAUGAACUGAUAUUAGUUUCCAAUGAAGUUUGCAUCAGUAUACAAUGAAAUGAGGAAAAUAAUGACUAUGUUUUUUUAAUGAAAUGAUGAAAAUAAUUGAUAUAAGGGUUUUUUUGUUGUUAUUGUUUUAAUGAUCUUACUUGGCAGUAUAAGAAAUUGGCAGCCCGUAUUGACCCCCUGGCUUCUGUGGGAUUUUUUUCUUAUCUGUAAAAUCAACAAUCUGCAACCACAGUUCAGUAGACAAAGAUCAUUUCUGGCUUCAAGGUGAUCAGUGUAGACUUGAUGCAGGAGUUGAUCUGGGCCUUGUAGGUUUUGGAUAAUUCCUUAUAGGUUUAGUCAAGUGUAACAGGCAGGAGAAUCUGAACAAAGACAGCUGAGUAUAAAGAGCUUAUGAAACAGGUUUGAAGGACUACAUGAAUGGAGGACGGAAAGUAAGGUUGGAUAGAAAGUCAGUAGACAGACAAGAUGGAGGGAACUUGAAAGCCAAAGUGAGGAGUUUGAACUUGAUUCUCUAGAAUUGGAUACCACUAAAAGGGGCAGGAGGAGUGAAUGUUGAAUCUUAUAAGACUUAUCUUUAUAAGACUUCAGGGUAAUAAAUCUGGCAGUACUAAGUAGGAAGUAAAUUGCAGGUGAGAAGACUAGUUAGGCAUUGUGGUUCAUAAUGUGAUGGCAUUUAUAGUUUGUUUCUAGUCAGAAAAAAAAUUGAUCUUCUCAUCAAAGCCUUAUAGAUCUUUGGCAGUAAUUGAUGGAAAGUAGGUGAUGGUGUAGUCUGUGAUGUGGUGAAGUAAGUUAAGCACUGAAAGUAAGUUAAGCUACCUGCUGUAGGCAACUGGAAACAUUUCCAGAGUAAGUAGCUUUCCAGUGCACAGCUUAGCCUCACAGAAAUUUCAGGGACAAAGCUCUAACUGCAGCUCUAAGCACUGGUGGAGAUUGACUUUGCCCCUGUCUACAGCUGCUUAUCCAGCCUCCUUUGAGGUCUGUUCCAGCUGGGGGAGAGGGAAGCAAAGUGAUACCUUCCAACAUCCCAGAGGGGACCACUCAUGGCUAGUUUUAUGAACAGCAGCCUCCCUCUCUCCUUUUUUCUGCUUUGUAGGAUCAUGGGGCCAUGGUCCCUCAAACAGGUCAAGGUUGGAGAUAGGUUUGGGGGGGUCUUUAGCCACUUCUCUCUAACUCAGCUCAUCUCAGCAUAACAUCAGUGGGCACUUGAGUCUCAUAGGGAAUAGAAGCAACGAUAAAGGGCAAGAAAGGACAUCUCUUCUGGAUCCUGAGUGGUGGCUGAUGUGGUCCUGGCCAGUAGACCUAAGCCUUCUUUUUAGGGCCUGAAAAUCCAAGGGCUUGGCUGUGGAGUCCAGAUAGUGGUCCAUACUGGAAGGAGCCCUGUGACGGCUAGUGCUUGAGGGCCAAGCCCAGCUUGAGACCAUCCCUGUUUGGGGAUGCCCGUGGGUGGCCCUGGCACGAACUGGCCAGAGACACACUGCUGCUCACGGGGCGCCUGGCUCUGGCUGUUGCUUCUCCACUGUUUCCUGAUUCCCACAGAACUGGCCCAGAAGCUGACAAGGGUGGAGUAGGGAAGCGGUGAAGGGCUCUGUAGGGCUUCAGAAGGAACUGAGGUCUCUCUCUGGCCUGGGGGAAACCACUCCUUUCCCUUAGCCUUCGAAAAUAGACUUCCUGCUCCCUGGCCUGACCAAAUGGACACCACCUCCCCACAGGCCCAGCUGGUCCCUGCUCAGCACUAACCAAACACUGAUGCAGGGUGAGAGGGGGAAGGCUUCUGCUGCAGCCACACCAACAGACCUUCUGAAGAUCCAGGGAGCUGAACUGGACCCUGUGGUGGGAAGGGGCCUGCAGCCAACUUGCUCCUAAGGCUCACUACCACUUGUUGUAUAGAAGCCUACCAAUGGCCCAGUCUCUCUUUUUUUUCUGAUUCAGAUCCCAUUUCUCUGAAGAGGCACACCCUAGAUAGCCUAGUGUCAAGUCUAGGAACUUGGUGUUACUGCUGGUGGAAUGAUGACUGGUCCCCACAGCCUCCCUCCGGGCCUGCAGGAACCCCCUCCCCGGCUGGCUGCUCCACCCUGAGGCUAGUCUGGAAUCCCAGUGAAAGGAAAAGGCUGGAAAACAAGGAGUCAUUCAGAGUGGGUGAAAAGAGGAGGGAGAGGUUUUCUGGCUGAGAUCUAAAAGGAGGGGCCUGAGGAAGGAAGGAAGCUCCCAGCCUCCUCCCAGACCUUUUCCCUGAGACUCCUAGGAAUGAGAGUGGAGCCGGGCCCAGCUCACUAGGCUUCUCUUUGCCUCUGGGAGAGUUCUCGCCUUGCGGCACUGCCUGCCCUCUGAGGCUGACUCCCUUCUCUACCCUCCCCCUUCCCCAGGCUAAAGGGCCCGCAGGGACUGACAGGGAGGGAGGCAGAGCGGCUGCACUGUGGGCAUGCCUGUUCCUUUCCCUUCCCCCUUCCCGGAGCAGCAACGUCACCGCAGUACCAGCGGCAGCGGCAAGGAUACUGGGCUGGGAUUGCGCAGCCUCCCUGCAUUAGCAACGAUGCCAUUGUAUUAGCAGAAAUCAGAUCUUAGGAAAUCAGCCCACUUGCCCCUGUGCGGGCCUGUGGAACAGUGCCUCAGCUCCAACUGUCAAGAUAGAGCUUGGUCGGAGUGCCGCGGAACAGAAAUCUCGGGAUUCAGCUAAGGCACCUUACAGAGGUACCAAGCUCUCCUGAUGAAAUGUGUUCUGCCCCACUGGGCUCCAGGGGCAGUGUCUGGUGCUGUUGAUGCCCUUGUUCGAACUUUCCAGAAUGGAUAGUCCCCCAAAGCUGACUGGAGAGACCCUCAUCGUCCACCACAUCCCCCUGGUGCACUGCCAAGUCCCAGACAGGCAGUGCUGUGGAGGGGGAGGUGGAGGUAGCGGGAGCACAAGACCCAACCCCUUCUGCCCACCAGAGCUGGGCAUCACCCAGCCUGAUCAGGACCUCGGACAAGCCGACUCUCUGCUGUACAGCAGCCUGCAGUCUGCUCCAGGGGGCUCUACACGGUCUGCUGAUAGUGCCAAGAGCAGGGGUCGGGAUGGAAGAGGCCCCGGGGCCCCUAAACGACACAACCCCUUCUUGCUGCAGACGGGCAUGGCCGAGCCAGGACUUGGUGACCUAUAUGAGGAUAGCAUCAGUGACAGUGCCGCCCAGCAGUCCUUCCACCUGCACAGGGCUGGCCAGCCCACCUUCCAUCUCUCCUCUUUCCAGCUGCCACCGCCUGGCCCCAGAGUGGGCAGGCCAUGGGGGGCAGCGCGUAGUCGAGCCGGAGUGGUGGAAGGGCAAGAACAGGAGCCAGUGACUGUCUUGGAUGCCCCGCAUUGCAGCACUGGCCGCUGCUGCCGGCCAGAGCCGGAAGCUGAGACCAUGGAGCUGGAUGAGUGUGGGGGGCCCGGUGGGAGUGGCAGUGGGGGUGGAGCCAGUGACACCUCUGGCUUUUCCUUUGACCAGGAAUGGAAGCUCAGUUCCGAUGAAUCCCCAAGGAACCCCAGAUGCUCAGGCUCAGGCACCCAGCACUGCCGCUGCAGUAGCACCUCCAGUCAGUCCGAGGCGGCUGACCAGUCCAUGGGCUAUGUGAGCGACUCCUCCUGCAACAGCUCGGACGGCGUGCUGGUCACCUUCAGCACCCUCUACAACAAAAUGCACGGCAACUCCCGUGCCAACCUCAACUCUGCCCCACAAUCCUGCAGCGACUCUUCCUUCUACAGCCACUCGGACCCUGGCGCCUUCUACCUGGACCUGCAGCCCUCCCCAGCUGAGUCGAAGAUGUCUUGUGAGUCCCACCACCCUGACAGCGGAGGAAGGGAAGGUGGCUAUGGUUGUCCUCAUGCCUCAUCUCCUGAGCUUGAUGCCAACUGCAACUCCUACCGCCCGUACUGUGAGCCCUGCCCAGCUGUGGCUGACCUCACAGCCUGCUUCCAGAGCCAGGCCCGUCUUGUUGUGGCCACACAGAAUUACUAUAAACUUGUCACCUGUGACCUGUCCUCCCAGUCCUCCCCAAGCCCAGCUGGCUCUUCUGUCACCAGCUGCUCGGAGGAACACACCAAGAUCAGUCCUGCCCCUGGCCCUGGCCCAGACCCUGGCCCUAGCCAGCCCUCUGAGUAUUACCUGUUCCAGAAGCCGGAAGUCCAGCCAGAGGAACAAGAAGCAGUGGGCUCUGAAGUGGAAGCGGAGACUCCCAUGGGCCGCACUGUGAUCGAGGGUCAAGUGUACACCAACACUUCACCCCCCAACCUCAGCACUGGACGUCAGCGCUCUCGAAGCUAUGACCGCAGCCUAGAGCGCAGCCCUCCUGUCCGCUUGGGCUCUCUGGAACGCAUGUUGAGUUGCCCAGUGCGCCUCAGUGAGGGCCCCACCGCCAUUACUGGGCCUAGUUCCCCACCUCGGCGGGUCACCUCCUUUGCCGAACUUGCCAAGGGCCGGAAGAAAGCUGCAGGCUCUGGCUCCCCUCCACUGCGAGCAAGCACUGGGGACUCCUCUCAGGAGUUCUCACUCAUCCAAGAAGCCCAGCAAGACAGGGUGGGCCCCCCAGAUGAGGGCACUCACUGUAGCCAUAGUCUCCCACCCAUGCCCUUGGAGCCAGGCAUGGACCUGGUUGGCCCAGAGCCCUGGUCCACCCAGGUCUGUCAGGGCUCCCAGUCCAGUGAGAUGCCACCCGCUGGCCUCAGAGCUGCUGGGCAGGGGCCCCUGGCCCAGCUGAUGGAUCCAGGGCCUGCUCUCCCAGGGAGCCCAGCCAACAGCCAUACCCAGAGGGACGCAAGAGCUAAAGCUGACGUGUUUGAUUCCUUCUCCAUCCCUGUUGCUGCAGGGGGUGGUGCUGAGAGCCGACCGGUCCUUCGCUACAGCAAGGAGCAGAGGCCAACCACGCUGCCCAUCCAGCCGUUCGUGUUCCAGCACCACUUCCCCAAGCAGCUGGCCAAGGCCCGGGCCCUGCACAGCCUUUCCCAGCUCUACAGCCUCUCGGGCUGCAGCCGUGCACCGCAGCCUGCCCCCGCAGCUGCCCCCACUGCUCAAGGCCCAGGCCCAGCUCCUUCAGGAGAGCCACAGGUGCCCACCCACAGGGGUGCCAGGAAAGCCAGGCCUGAGCCAGAGACCUCGCGGCCAUCACCCCUGGGCAGCUACUCCCCCAUCCGGAGUACUGGCCCCUUUGGGCCCAGCACCGACUCUUCAGCCUCCACUUCGUGCUCCCCUCUCCCAGAGCAGGCCACAGCCACAGAAAGCCCACCUCCAUGGGGCCUUUCCUGUCCUCCUGCUGUCCGGCCUGCCAUCUCCCAGCAGCCGCAGAAGGAGGAUCCGAAGAUACUGACCUUGGCUGAGUACCGGCUCCAUGGGACAGGAAGCUUGCCUCCUCUGGGCUCCUGGAGAUCUAGCCUCGGCCGAGUGGAGAGCCUGGCCCGGGGAGGUGGCGAGGGCAGCAUGGCUUCCAGGCCCAGUAAUGCCAACCACCUAUCCCCUCAAGCACUCAAGUGGCGAGAAUACAGGAGGAAGAACCCUCUAGGGCCCCCUGGUUUGUCAGGGAGCCUAGACCGAAGGCCACAGGAUGCUCGGCUGGCCCGAAGGAACCCCAUCUUUGAGUUCCCCGGCUCCCUCGGUGCUGCUGGCCAUCUGAACUGCCGGCUGAAUGGUCAAGUAGUGAAGCCGUUACCACUAACCUGCCCUGACUUCCAAGACCCUUUCUCCUUGACUGAGAAGCCCCCUGCUGAGUUUUGCCUGUCCCCAGAUGGCAGCUCAGAGGCUGUAUCCAUUGAUGUGCUUCAGAAAAAAGGGCUGGUGAAAGCUGUCAACACUGCUGUGGACCUCAUUGUGGCCCAUUUUGGCACAAGCCGGGAUCCCGGGGUCAAGGCGAAGCUGGGGAACAGUUCUGUGAGCCCCAAUGUGGGUCACCUGGUUCUGAAGUACCUGUGCCCUGCGGUGCGGGCGGUGUUGGAGGACGGACUCAAGUCUUUUGUGCUGGACGUCAUCAUUGGGCAACGUAAGAACACACCGUGGAGUGUGGUGGAGGCCUCCACACAGCUAGGCCCAUCCACCAAGGUCUUGCACGGCCUGUACAACAAAGUCAGCCAGUUCCCAGAGCUCACCAGUCACACCAUGCGCUUCAACGCCUUCAUCCUCGGCCUGCUCAACAUCCGGUCCCUGGAGUUCUGGUUUAAUCACCUCUACAACCACGAAGAUAUCAUCCAGACCCACUACCAGCCGUGGGGCUUCCUGAAUGCAGCUCAUACGGUGUGCCCUGGCCUCUUCGAGGAGCUGCUGCUGCUGCUCCAACCCUUGGCCCUCCUGCCCUUCAGCCUAGACCUGCUGUUCCAGCACCGGCUGCUGCAGAGCGGCCAGCAGCAGCGGCAGCACAAGGAAUUGCUGCGAGUGUCCCAAGAUCUGCUGCUGUCCGCCCACUCGACCCUGCAGUUGGCCCGCUCCCGAGGCCAGGAUGGCCCCGGAGAUGUGGACAGGGUGGCCCCCGGGGAGCGGGUGAAGGGUGUGGGUGCCCCAGAAGGUGGAGAAGAGGAGGAGGAAGAGGAGGAGACAGAGGCGGCCGGGAGCUCAGGGCGCGGCAGGUGGGCCCGAAGUGGGCAGGCUGGCUGGUGGUACCAGCUCAUGCAGAGCUCCCAGGUCUACAUCGAUGGCUCCAGCGAGGGCUCUAGGUUCCCCCGAGGUAGCAGCACUGGUAGCAGCAGUGAGAAAAAGAAAGGGGCAGGAGGCGUGGGGCCACCCCCCCGAGAGGGAGUCGUGGAGGGAGCGGAGGCCUGCCCUGCCCCUGAGGAGGCCCUCGGCCGGGAGAGGGGCUGGCCCUUCUGGAUGGGGAGCCCCCCUGAUUCUGUACUGGCGGAGCUGAGGCGGAGCCGGGAGAGGGAGGGGUCCGCUGCCCCCACAGCAGAAAAUGAGGAAGGAGCAUCUGAACCUUCACCAGGGGGCAUCAAGUGGGGACACCUCUUUGGGUCCCGGAAGGCUCAGCGGGAGGCCCGACCCACAAAUAGGCUGCCCUCGGACUGGCUCAGCCUGGACAAGUCUGUGUUCCAGCUCAUGGCACAAACAGUGGGUGCCCGCCGGGAGCCAGAGCCCAAGGACAGUGUGCAGGAGCCACCCUCUCCAGGCCUGCCUUCCAAGCCUCCAUGUGAGGGGAAGGCGCUGUGCCACCAUCUGGCCACGGGCCCUGGACAGCUGAGCUUCCGCAAGGGAGACACCCUGCGGGUGCUGGGGCCAGCUGGGGCGGACUGGCUGCGCUGCAGCCGCGGCCCUGACACCGGCCUGGUGCCCCUGGCCUACGUGACUCUGACCCCAACUCCAAGUCCAAGCCCUGGAAGCAGCCAGAACUGAGGCCCUGUGCAUGCUGGCGGCCUCAGGGACCCUCACAGCCCCCAGGCUCAUCGCCUAAGAGCGCUUCCCAAGCCGUCUGGCCUGGUUACAGAGAGUAGACCGCGAGCUGGGGGCCGCAUAUCCCUGUGCUCAGUAUUAAUUACUCCCCAUUACCUGUCCCAGUGACCUUGUCCGGACCUCCCCCCAGGAGAGGAGGGAAGGGAUGCAGCACUGGGCUGCCAGAGUCUCCCCAGCCAAUCUGGCCAGUCCUCCCAUGGGUGCAGACAGGUACUUCCCUGUGGAGGGAGGUGACCAGAAGGCCCACUUGCAGGGUUCCCUCGGCCAGGUGGUGAGGAGGUUGGGUGACAGUAUUGGGGCCAGUUCCCUAAGCCCCCAGCUGUAAAUAGGCUGUGGCCAGUGCCUGGCGGUCAAGGAGGGAGGAGGAGCCCAGGCUUCUGUUUAUGUAUUUAUUUAUUUAUUUAUUACACCUAUUAAUAAAAAAGGUGCUCGGCCUCCAAA